AUGGCGGACGCGGCGGCCUCCCCCGUGGGGAAGCGACUCCUGCUGUUGCUGGUGGCGGGCCCGGGCGAGAGUGAGGCGGUGGGGCCGGAGCCUGGGCCUGCGCUGCCCUCCCGGGCCUGGCGGAGCGGAACCGUGCGGGCUAUGAGUGGGGCCGUCCCCCAGGACUUGGCGAUAUUUGUGGAAUUUGAUCGGUGUAACUGGAAGCAGCAUGCUUGGGUAAAGGUUCAUGCAGAAGAAGUGAAAGUAUUGAUGCUAGAAGGGUCACUGGUUUGGGUUCCUCGAAAUGACGCAGUUCUGCUUCAAGGAACUAGAGUGUCAGUUGCACAUUGGCCUGCACUGACUUUCACACCUCUAGUAGAUAAGCUGGGUUUGGGUCCUGUGGUUCCAGUAGAAUUUCUAGUGGACCGAGACUUGAGAUUCUUGUCUGAUGCCAGUGGAUUACAUCCUUUCCAGAUGGCAACAGAAAGUCACAACCAGAUUCUCCAAGAAGAGCCUAUAUUGAGGGAAGCUGUCAAUGCACUGAUCAGUGAACAGAAGCUUCAGGACAUAUUUAGCAGAGGUCCUUACAGUAUCCAGAGUCAAAGAGUGAAGGUGUUCCAGCCAGAAGAGGAAAACAGUUGGGUCUCCGCCAUUGUGAGCUGUCAAGAUCCUAUCUCCCGUCUGAUGGAGGUGGUUUUGACUGAGACUGGUGAGAUCAAGUCUGUGGACCCUCGUCUGAUUCAUGUAGUGAUGGACAAUUCUGCUCUGAAUGAGGGAGGGCCCCUAAAGCUAGGCAAAUCCUCAAAAGGGAAAAAGAAGAAAGAAAAUAUGGAAGGGAAAGAUGGACGAAGGAGGAAAAAUGCUUCUGAUGCUGGUUGUGAUCAUGCAACAAAGAAACUAAAGGAGAGGGGCGAAGUGGAUAGCAACGGGAGUGAUGGAGCUGAAACGAACAGGGGAGCUUGGAAAGGAAACGUUAGUGGCGAUGCAACUCUGGAUCCAAGGGCCAAGCAGCUGCCUCAGUUUGUUCCUCAAAUUAACCGCAAUAUUCGCUUUGCAACGUACACCAAGGAGAAUGGCCGAACUCUUGUGGUGCAAGAUGAGCCAGUGAGUGGUGAUACUCAGAUGCCCUUCACUCCUUUUUCUUCAGCUUCCCCAGUUCUUCUGAGUGGAGCUGGAAGUCAAGAAGCAGCAAAAUCCUUAGAGCAGACCAGCCAAGCCCUGGUGGCUGCCCCAGCGGUAAUUACCACAGCUGGACUGACACCAACUACUGUACGAAUUUCUGAUACUGGCCUGUCAGCUGUCACUGGACAAGAAAAACAGAAAGUGGGUCAUUUGCAGAGCCAAGGAGAAAAUUCUCGAAAUUCGAUGUUGGCUUCUCCAGGAUUCGGAGUGGCACACUCAAGCACUUCCCAGCCUUUGGUGUUCGACAGUGGACGAAACCAAUCCAAUGGAGUACUGGCUCCAGAAAACAAGCCUGUUGGAUUUCCAUUUGGUAGCAGUACUACCAAUGAGAUUGAGAAAGAGUCUGAUUUGUCAAAGAACUUGUUUUUUCAAUGCAUGUCCCAGAAUAUUCCUUCCAGCAACUACUUCACUGCCUUGUCAGAGAAUCUGGCUGAAGAGCCCGCUAGUCAGGACUCGUUAAAAAAAUGUCCAGAGAGCCUGAGUUUAGGUGUCUGCAAAAGUAAAAUUCUUGCAGGAGAACCUAAACCUGGGACUCAGCCAAGCAGUUCUGUGGACCGGAAGCUGCCAGUGGAAUCUAUGCCCACACUUACUCCAGCUUUUCCACGAAACCUCUUGAGUACUCGACCUCCGGAUAAUCAUGAGAAUCUUUUUUUGCAACCCCCAAAACUGUCACGAGAGGAACCCUCAAACCCUUUCUUGGCAUUUGCAGAAAAAUCAGAACUCAGUCCUUUCAGUAGCUUUGCAUCUUCAUCUCAGCCAGGAGCAUCUGCUACUACUACUACUUCUUCAGGUCUUGGUUCCAAGGCUGCUUCUGGCUGGCCAGAUUUGCACACCUCAGCAGACUCUGUAGCUAAAAAGAAAAGCCUGUUUAUAACGACCGAUUCCUCCAAGAUAAUGCCCAGUGCUGCUAGUUCAACGCUCUUUGCUAGUGUACAGAGCUCAUCUGCUCUGGGGAAUGGCCGUUCCAGCUCGCCUAUCAGUAGCCUGACGCAACCUAUUGAAAUGCCCACACUCUCCUCCAGUCCAACAGAAGAAAAGCCGUCUGUUGGGCCAGGGCAGCAGGACAAUCCUCUUCUGAAAACUUUCUCUAAUGUGUUUGGCAGGCAUCCGGCUGGCUUUUUCUCUUCACAGGCAGAGUUAUCACUGGAGAACAAAGCCCCUUUUGAAACUGUGAAAAGGUUCUCUCUAGAUGAACGGAGCUUGCCCUCUAAGCAGGAUUCUGAUUCUAGCACCAAUAGCGACCUCUCAGAUAUGAGUGAUUCUGAGGAGCAGCUGCACACCAGAGCUUGUCUGAAGGGAAUCCCAGAGCAUCUGAUGGGGAAACUGGGUCCCAAUGGCGAGCGGAAUGCUGAACUACUGAUGGGCAAGGGGAAAGGGAAGCAAACUCUGAAGGGCAGGCAUCGCACAACCCCCCAGAAAGUUGGCCAGUCUAUACUGAAAGAUGUGAGUAAAGUGAGGAAGCUGAAGCAGUCAGGAGAACCAUUUCUCCAAGAUGGAUCGUGCAUCAAUGUAGCCCCUCAUCUACACAAGUGUCGAGAGUGCCGGUUAGAGCGCUACCGCAAGUUUAAGGAGCAGGAACAAGAUGACUCCACUGUGUCCUGUCGGUUCUUUCACUUCCGCAGACUGAUAUUUACUCGGAAGGGUAUACUACGAGUGGAGGGAUUCCUGAAUCCCCAACAAAGUGAUUCUGUUGCUAUGAACUUGUGGAUUCCAUCUUCUUCCCCUGCAGAGGGCAUUGACCUCGAGACCUCUAAAUAUAUCCUGGCCAAUGUUGGGGACCAGUUUUGUCAAUUGGUUAUGUCUGAGAAGGAAGCAAUGAUGAUGGUUGAGCCACACCAGAAAGUGGCUUGGAAAAGAGCUGUUCGUGGUGUGAGGGAGAUGUGUGACGUAUGUGAAACAACAAUGUUCAAUAUUCACUGGGUUUGUCGCAAAUGUGGCUUUGGGGUGUGUCUGGACUGUUACCGUCUCAGGAAAAAACGUCCACGGAGUGAGACAGAGGAGAUUGGUGAUGAAGAGGUUUUCUCGUGGCUGAAGUGUGCAAAAGGGCAAUCCCAUGAGCCAGAAAAUCUCAUGCCAACACAGAUAAUUCCUGGCACAGCACUGUAUAUUAUUGGAGACCUGGUCCAUGCAGCACGUGGUAAAUGGGGAAUUAAAGCUAACUGCCCAUGCAUUAACCGGCAAAACAAAUCUGUGCUGCGACCUGCUGUCACUAAUGGAAUUUCACAGCAGCUGCCCAGUAUUAACCCAGGUGCAACAGUUUCUGGAAACGAAAGCACAUUUUCUAGUGGGACGGGGACAGCAGAGGGAGGGCAGCUGGAAACAAGUGAAGUUCCUAAGUGUGAAUCUACGGAGGGCAAAGCUGUUGAGCCUGUAAAGACGGAUGCUCCAGCAACCAGCAGCAGUAGUGAAACAAAACCUAAUAAAUCACUGUGUCCAGAAACAAGUCCCUCUUCAGCAUUGCACUGGCUUGCAGAUUUAGCAACACAAAAGGCAAAAGAGGAAACAAAAGACGCAGGAUCGCUAAGGUCAGUGCUCAGUAAAGAAUCUCAGUCACCUUUUGGAUUGGAUUCCUUCAACUCCAGUGCAAAGGCCUCUCCUUUAACUCCAAAGCUGUUUAAUAGUCUCUUACUGGGUCCAGUUGCCUCAAGCAACAAAACAGAAGGUUCUAGUCUUCGUGAUUUGCUUAAUUCUGGACCUGGAAAGCUGCCUCAGGCACCACUUGAUACAGGGAUCCCCUUUCCUCCUGUAUUUUCUGGUGCUUCCACAGGCACCAAGAGCAAAGCCAGUUUGCCCAACUUCCUUGAUCAUAUCAUUGCUUCAGUGGUGGAAAACAAAAAGGUGUCUGAUGCCACUAAAAGAACAAGCAAUUUGCCUGACACUCAGAAGGAAGUGAAAGAAAUGGUAAUGGGAUUAAAUGUACUGGACCCACACACUUCCCAUUCUUGGCUCUGCGAUGGAAGGCUUCUGUGUCUUCAUGACCCCAGCAACAAAAACAACUGGAAGAUCUUCAGGGAAUGCUGGAAACAGGGCCAGCCUGUUCUAGUUUCUGGUGUCCAUAAGAAGCUGAAGCCUGAACUCUGGAAACCAGAGGCAUUUAGCCAGGAAUUUGGAGAUCAAGAUGUAGAUCUGGUUAAUUGUAGGAAUUGUGCUAUAAUCUCAGAUGUGAAAGUACGUGACUUCUGGGAUGGUUUUGAAGUCAUUUCUAAACGCCUGAGAGCAGAUGAUGGACAGCCUAUGGUACUGAAAUUAAAGGACUGGCCUCCAGGGGAAGAUUUCAGAGACAUGAUGCCUACAAGAUUUGAUGACUUGAUGGAGAAUCUCCCUCUCCCAGAAUACACAAAGAGGGAUGGAAGACUCAAUUUGGCAUCUAGGUUGCCAAGCUACUUUGUACGACCUGAUUUGGGUCCCAAAAUGUAUAAUGCCUAUGGGCUGAUAACUGCAGAAGACCGGAGAGUUGGUACAACCAAUCUUCAUCUGGAUGUAUCAGAUGCAGUUAAUGUCAUGGUAUAUGUUGGAAUCCCUAUUGGAGAAGGUGCACAUGACGAUGAAGUGCUGAAAACCAUUGAUGAGGGAGAUGCAGAUGAUGUUACAAAACAGCGAAUUCAUGAAGCAAAAGAGAAGCCUGGGGCACUGUGGCACAUCUAUGCUGCUAAGGAUGCUGAAAAGAUCAGGGAACUCCUUCGGAAGGUUGGAGAAGAACAAGGGCAAGAAAAUCCUCCUGAUCAUGACCCAAUCCAUGACCAAAGCUGGUAUCUAGAUCAGACCUUACGUAAGCGUUUGUAUGAGGAGUAUGGUGUGCAAGGCUGGGCAAUAGUGCAGUUCCUGGGAGAUGCCGUAUUUAUUCCUGCAGGUGCCCCUCAUCAGGUUCACAAUUUGUAUAGCUGCAUCAAAGUAGCAGAAGACUUUGUAUCUCCAGAACAUGUGAAACACUGCUUCCGUCUGACCCAGGAGUUCAGGCACCUGUCUAACACUCACACAAACCAUGAGGAUAAACUGCAAGUGAAGAACAUUAUUUACCAUGCGGUGAAAGAUGCUGUUGGCACACUGAGGGCUCAUGAAUCCAAACUGGCUAGGUCUUAGGAAUUGGUGAUUCCAAACCCCCCUCUGGAGUCAUUUUUUGCUCUCAGUAUGGAAGGGGAAUGCACAUGCUUCCCUUGGUAGGAGCCAGAGGGCUCUCGCAAAGAGAUGCCGGGGCGCUCAUAUUACACUCUCCAGCCACUGUCUUCUACUCUGCCUCAACACUGAAAAUCUGAUAGAAGGUCACUGUAACAUAUAGAAUUACUGAUUAAUGAAAGGUGCUGUGUCCCUUUCCUAUGGCCUUUUGCAAAUUGAAAUUGCAUGGAAACCAUGUGGUGUUCCUGCAUAUUACGAUUAGAAAGUGUGAACCUUUUUCAUGCCUAGUUAGUCUUUCCAAGAAGUUAGGAAGAAUGAUGUGAAGACGGACAUCCAGUUGCAGACUUAAGUAGUUAGCUCUGAAUGAGUGUGACCGUCAGGAAGCCCAGCUAAGGAAACAUGCACAUUAGUCCUUCUGAGUCUGAUACAGGCCAAGGAAAAAAGAUAAACUCGUCUUCAUGCUCCCCUUUAACAGUUCUCGAUUCACUGUAGAAAUGCAGAAACACAGAGAUAAACCACUGUUUUUCCCAGGUGGCUCCAGGAUUUAAAAUUGUGUAUUUAGUGAAAAACUAGGUUUGUAGUGAAACAGUAUUUCAUGAAAGUAGAUAUUUUUAGAAUUUGAAAUACCACAACUGUUCCUGGAUUACAAGGAAAGGCACAUUGCAUUUAGUCUUCCUUUCAAUAAAACCUUUCAAGAAGUGAUUCUUAGAAAUAAAUCCAGAAUAGCACAAUUGGCCAGAGGAGAGCUAAGAGAAAUCAACUCCCAACUCCAGUUUCCACAAAUGUAAAAGAAAAGGGGGGGAAUGAAUUCUUAGUUUGGGAGAUGUUGUACAUCUCUCCCUAAACUGGUAAACUAGACAGUAGUUCACCAGUUGCCAGAUCUAGCUUGGGACUUCUACUUCCCAGAACUAAUUUUCAAUAUCAGCUUUGUCCAGAAAUAUUUUCAGUAAAAUGUUCCUGCUUGAUAGAGUUGUAUUCUGAAUUGUCACCAUUGAACUGAUGGAUUCCAUUGUCUGACUCUACAUUGGGACUAUAUCUACCUUCUAUCCAGCUGUACUGUAGUGCCACCUGCAGGCCUGUUAAUAUGUUCACGGUUAUUUCAUUUUUUUAAAAAUAAAAGUCAUUUACUGUAGAA